GGGUGAACCUGAAGAUGGCGGCAGUAGUGGAGGUGGAGGUUGGAGGAGGUGCUGCGGCUGAACGGGAACUAGAUGAGGUUGAUAUGUCAGACCUCUCCCCUGAGGAGCAAUGGAGGGUCGAGCACGCACGCAUGCAUGCCAAGCAUCGUGGCCACGAAGCCAUGCACGCUGAAAUGGUCCUCAUCCUCAUCGCUACCUUGGUGGUGGCCCAGCUGCUCCUGGUGCAGUGGAAACAGAGGCACCCCCGCUCCUACAAUAUGGUGACCCUCUUUCAGAUGUGGGUUGUUCCCCUCUAUUUCACAGUGAAGCUGCACUGGUGGAGAUUCCUAGUGAUCUGGAUCAUCUUCUCUGCUGUCACAGCCUUCGUCACCUUCCGAGCCACACGGAAACCUCUAGUGCAGACAACUCCAAGGUUGGUUUAUAAAUGGUUCCUGUUGAUCUAUAAAAUCAGCUAUGCCACUGGCAUCAUUGGCUACAUGGCGGUCAUGUUUACCCUCUUUGGUCUUAAUUUAUUAUUCAAGAUUAAACCAGAAGAUGCCAUGGACUUUGGCAUUUCUCUCCUCUUCUAUGGUCUCUACUAUGGAGUUCUUGAGCGGGAUUUUGCAGAAAUGUGUGCAGACUACAUGGCGUCUACUAUAGGGUUUUACAGUGAGUCAGGCAUGCCUACCAAACACCUUUCGGACAGCGUGUGUGCUGUGUGUGGGCAGCAGAUCUUUGUGGACGUCAGUGAAGAGGGCAUCAUCGAGAACACAUAUAGGUUGUCCUGCAAUCAUGUAUUCCAUGAGUUCUGCAUCCGUGGCUGGUGCAUUGUUGGAAAGAAGCAGACGUGUCCCUACUGCAAAGAGAAGGUAGACCUGAAGAGAAUGUUCAGCAACCCCUGGGAGAGGCCUCAUGUCAUGUAUGGACAACUGCUGGAUUGGCUUCGAUACUUGGUAGCCUGGCAGCCUGUCAUCAUUGGCCUGGUGCAAGGCAUCAACUACAUCCUGGGCCUGGAAUAGUCAGGAACACAGCAGUGGAGAAACCACCCCACCCACCAUGGACCUCAGGGCACUCUCCUCCCUGCCCAUGAAGACCUCCUGGGUGGGAAAGACUCAAAGGGGCGCUUGGGCCACUCAGGACCCCUCCGGCUGUGUCCGGGCCCGGGAGGGAAAUGGAGAGCCAGCCUGUGGGGCUGUCAGCAGUGGGGGGCUUUUUAAAAGAAAAUUAUUUUGAUGAAUAUAUUUAAAAAAACUUUUUUAUUGUGGAGCGUAGGAGUUGAACGCCCCACCCCUUCGAGCCUCACCUUGCUUGAGUAACAUGGGAGCACAGCCAUGAUGCUUUUGGUUUAAAGGAGUCUUCUCAUCUCUGGCUGAGAGCGCUGGUGGGUUCUCAGGUAGCAGAGAGCCUCAACCCACCCACUCCCUUUCCCUUGCCUUCCCUUUGCAGGGGUCAUCCUGGUCCACUCAGUGUGCAAUGGUUAAAGAGCUUCAGUUGUUGCCACAGAUGAACACUGAGGGUCCAAGUGUCUUCCCUUCUGCCCUGUCUGAUGCAGGAUGGAUGUUGUAUGGACUCUCCCUCCCCCUGACUAGAAGCUAAAGGCGGGGUGAGGCAAGUGGAACCUCUUCAGUGACUCUUCCAACAAGGGAAGCCCUGGGGCCUCAGAAUUCAUUGACAGUGUGUUUGGGGACAACUAGAAUAAUCAACAGCAUGAACAACCUGCCCCUGAGCAUGACUGUAGUGAGGCAGGAAAAGAGGCCAUCUCUAUAUACUUAGGCCACGGAAGCCCAGAAGUGGUGACAUGCUCCAAAAGCCACUCUGCCACAUCACUUCCUUCCUGAAAGCCUGAGGGAGAAUGAGUAUGUGUUUGUAUAUGCGAGUGUAUGUAUGUGUGCGUGCGCAGCAGAAGGGUAUCCUAUGUCAACUUCCCCCAAUCGUCAAAGACAAACUUCCUUGAAGCUAAUAGGGGAUUCCUAGCCCAGGGAAUAUCCCUGUGUAAAUUCUGUCACUYGUGGGCCUGACAGUGGGAAUGGUGGAUGGGUGGGAAGAAGGAUAAGGCCUAGGUGAGUUGUAAAAAGGGGCUUCCAUCCCCCCUUUUCCUGAAGAAAUCGUGAAGGCAAUCCCGGGCUGACAGUGCUUGCUUUCUAGGGCAGAGGGGCUGUCAGGGCUGCCCCUUCAAGAAACAAGCAGGAUCUUGUCACUCCUGUCUGAAUAAAGCUCUGUGAGCUGGGUUGGAAA